UGGUUUGUAUAAAUCUCCCCCACAGUCCCAUAUAAUGCACAGAUCUCAGCUCUGCUCCAUCCGCGCGUGUAGUUCAGUGAGACGCAGCAGAGAACGCCUCCAUGUCUAAGUCUUCCCUUAGCUCCGUACGAGUCGAAAAUGAUAUUUUUAGCGACGAUAUUAAGGUCACAGCAUGGUGGCAGCAGCAGCUACUUAAAAAUUGUAAUGCCUGGAGGUUUCCUUCCAUAAUCUAACCGUAAUGAGUUUGCUGCAAUCAGCCGGGACAUUUAAGGACAAGGUUGUUACAACAAGCUGGAGCCGAGGAUUCCCGAUCUGCCUAGGAUGUCGUCUGCAGUGGUGAACUACAAUUACCAGCAUUACGUGUUUGGAUUUGGGACGGAAAGCGAUUUACAAAUUGACAUAAUUUCAGAGCUGGAGCUUGAGAACAACACGAGGGGAAUUACACAGGUUUAUGGAACCCACAAUGGCAGCAAAGCCUUCUUAUUUCAUGAUGUGGAGCGGGAGAUCCACGCGGCGCCGCACACCGGAGAAAAGGUGAUUCAGCUCUUCCGGAAUAAAAGCGAGUUCACCUUCCUGGCCUCCAUACAGCAGAGGUCGUCAUCGUCUGGGGUCAUCCUCUCCAUACGUGAGAUGGAGCACAGCUUCUUUGAACUGGAAAGCAGCGGCUUAAGGGAUGAAAUAAGAUACCACUACAGAUUUAAUGGGAAGUCCAGGACGGAAGCUUUUCCCUACCGGCUGGCGGAUGGGCAAUGGCACAAGAUCGCUCUGACAGUCAGUGGCAACCAUGUCCUCAUCCACGUGGACUGCAACAAGAUUUAUGAGCGAGCGAUUGAUCCUCCGGAGAGCGGCCUCUCCCCCGGAAGCACCUUAUGGCUUGGACAGCGGAAUAGAAAACAUGGCUUCUUUAAGGGAGUGAUUCAGGACGUGAAACUCAUCUUCAUGCCGAAUGGAUACAUAACACAGUGUCCAAACCUCAACCGCACAUGCCCGACCUGCAGCGAUUUCCUGAGUCUUGUGCAAGGCAUCAUGGAUCUACAGGAGCUGCUGGCGAAACUCACAGCUAAGCUAAACUACGCAGAGACAAGACUAAGCCAGCUGGAGAACUGCCAUUGUGAGAAGACCUGUCAGGUCCAAGGUGUAAUCUACAGGGACCGAGACUCCUGGGUAGAUGACGACCACUGCAGGAACUGCACAUGUAAGCCAAAUGCAUUUUCGGUGGGAAAGUCCUGGCAGAAGGUCAGAAGAUCCUGACUACGACCUGCAAAGAAUGCAAAAAUGGAGCUUUACAGAUGGUAACGGAGCCGUGUCCGCCAUUGAACUGCACAGAGGACGAUCGAAUUCUCCCGGAGAACGAGUGCUGCUUUUUUUGCCGAGGACAUGACUUUUGCGCGGACGGCGCGGAUCAGUGCGGAGAGAACUCGGAAUGCCGGAACUGGAUCACAAAAGCCACAUGCGAAUGCCGGAACGGCUUCGUCCCCAUCCAAGGAGACGCGACCUAUUGUGAAGAUAUUGAUGAAUGCGCUGCCAAAAUGCAUUACUGCCAAGCCAACACGGUGUGCGUCAAUUUACCGGGAUCGUACCGCUGCGACUGCCUCCCGGGGUACACGCGCGUCGAUGAUUUUUCCUGCACAGAACACGAUGAGUGCGGUGAUGGGCGGAGCGGUUGCGAUGAGAAUUCCAUCUGCACGAACUCCGUUGAGGGUCACAGUUGUACCUGCAAACCUGGAUAUGUGGGGAACGGCACCAUCUGUAGAGCGUUCUGCGAGGAGGGUUGCAGGUACGGAGGAACUUGUGUGGCCCCAAACAAAUGCGUCUGCGCCCCCGGAUUCACUGGAGCUCACUGCGAGAAAGAUAUUGAUGAGUGUGCAGAAGGGAUCAUUCAGUGUCACAACCAUUCCCGCUGUGCCAACCUCCCGGGGUGGUACCACUGUGAGUGCAGAAGAGGCUUCCAUGACAAUGGGACCUACUCCAUUACUGGGGAGUCCUGUGUUGAUAUCGAUGAAUGCGCCCUAAGGACCCACACGUGCUGGAACGACUCGGCUUGUGUCAACCUAGAAGGCGGCUUUGACUGUCUGUGCCCCUCUGGACCGUCUUGUACGGGGGACUGUCCUCAUGAAGGGGGGCUGAAACGUAACGGCCAAGUCUGGACCCUGAAAGAAGACAGGUGUUCUGUAUGUUCCUGCAAGGAUGGGAAAAUCUUCUGUCGGAGGACGGCCUGCGACUGCCAGAACCCCAGCAUCGAUCUCUUCUGCUGCCCGGAGUGCGACACCCGGGUCACCAGCCAGUGCCUGGACCAAAAUGGCCGCAAACUCUACCACAGCGGAGACAAGUGGACUUACAGCUGCCAGGAGUGUCGCUGCCUGGCGGGGGAGGUGGACUGCUGGCCCCUGAGCUGCCCGUCUCUGAGCUGUGAGUACACGGCCAUGUCUGAGGGUGAGUGCUGCCCUCACUGUGUGGACGACCCCUGCUUAGCAGAUAACAUCACCUACAACAUCAAGAAGACCUGCGAAGACCACGGGAUCACCCGACUCAGUGGCUCCGUAUGGACGAUGUCUGGAUCUCCGUGUACAACCUGCAAAUGCAAGAAUGGAAGCGUCUGCUGCUCAGUGGAUCUAGAAUGUCUUCACAAUAACUAAAGAUCUAUACAUGGGACUCUCGUAGGAGAGAAAGAAAAUAACGUAAAAAAAUAUAUAUAUAUGACAGGAUGCAGUUCCCAUCAAUACGACGUGACGUACGAAGACCCAAUGUUUUCUACGAUACGAACCGUUACCAAAGUCUCCACCAAGAGGAAGAUGUUUGGCAGCCGCUUGCAGACUUUUCUGUUACCUCCAUCCAUUCAGCCCUCGCCCCGGGUGGCACCAGGUUACUGUCUUCACAAAAAAUAUUCUCAAUGCUCAAAAAAACCUCCAGCAGUUAAUGAUCUGAAUGUCGUGAGUCUCUCGAAACUUUUUACUUGUCCCCUAGGAAAACACUUUCAAAAAAUUGGUUUACUUGUAAAAUUUGGUGUCUUAUUUAUUUUUUCUACCAUCGACAACCACCAUGACCGGUGGAAGAUCUCACCUUCACGAAUGCCACGUCCCUGCUCCCAGAUUUUGUUUGAGGUCCCUCCUGCCUGGUGUAUUUAUGGAAAAACCUGUAUAUAUGUGCAGUCUAAUGGCAUAGCUUCUUUAUUUAAUAGCUUAUUACGUCACCCGGUGUCUCAAAAAAUCUAAAAAAAAAAAAACUUUGCAAAAAUAAAAACUUUUCAGAACUACUUAGAGAGAUAUGAUCUCCAAGCUGGACUUCUACCACAAGAUGCUCAGUUCUCCUUCCUUUCUCUCAGUGGAAUAGACUUAUGGCAUUUGAUAUGGACCACGGACCACCUGACCCCACAAUAGGAACAAGAACCAAACCCAAAAGAAAAAUAAUCAUCUCUUCGAUCCCUAUGUGAUACAGUAAAUACUCAAAUCUCUCUAAAGGACUCUGCCGAGGUCACUGGUGAAGGACACCACACGUCUAAAGGAAGGUCGACAGAGAAAAUGCACAACGUGCCGCUUUGGUGGAUGAUUAUUUAAGACAAAAAAUACCGAAAUGUACAAAAAUAAUAUUUUCACAUAGUGAUUAUUUUCCGAAUGACAGAAUACCACAGAUAAUAAAAUCAUUUAAAUAUUACAAUAGAUCUAUAGGGAAUGGAGAAAAAUAUUUAAAUCAAUAUUACUGCCUGGAUAUUAUUAUGGAAAAUUUUUACUUUCCAAAUUCGUUUUUUUCAUAGAAAAUAUUUUUUUUUUAAAAUGAUGGAAAUUUUUUAAUUAAAAUGUUUAAAAUUUUAAUAGAGAUUUCCAUAAUAAAAAAUGUAAACAUUUUAAUAAAAAUGUUUCCAUAAUUUUUUUUUUUUGAAAAAUUGAAGUUUUCCAUAAUUAAAAAAACAUUUAUUUUUCUAAUUUAUUUUUUAUUAUUGUGAAGAAAUUUUAUUUCAAUGUUAAAUUAGUUUUUUUUUUAUUUCGAUGUAACUUUUUCACCUUUCGAAUAGUGCAAAAAAAAUGGUGGCAAUAAAGAGUUGUGUUAAUAUAUGAAGUUUUGCUACCUAUUUGGGGAAAUAAUCUUGAGGGUUUUUUUUUUAUUUUGAGAGUGUUGGGUAUUUGCUUUCUGCAUUUUUAAUUUUGUGUGUUUUGCCAGGCAGUAAUAUUGUUGUGUUUUUUUUUUGUUUGUUUUUCUGUUUUUUAAGAAUUUCAUCAGGAACGUUCUGAAGUCAUCUUGUACAUGUAAAAUAUAUUUUACAUAAAAGUUUACACUAAA